AUGUCGAACCGCGACGUCGCCCCCGCUGGCGCUUCGUCGUACGACUCGCCCGGUGCCGGUGCCGGUACCGGCCUCCCCCCGACCUUUGCCGCCUUCUCUCCCGUCACGCCUUCGGCCAAGACGCCGACGCGGCCUUCCCAUCGAUCGACCAUACUCGUCCACCAGAAGAGCCCGCUGCUGCUCGCCACGCCGCCCCAGGUGACGCGCGCCCUCGCCUACAGCCACCCCUUCCUCCUGCCCCUCAACAAGUUCGUCGGCCUGUUGACCUGGAGCUCCGGCGAUCCCUGGCAGAGCUUCCUCUUGCUCGCCACCUUCUGGGCCGUCACCCUCUACGGCGAUGUCGUCCUCAGGAGGGCCGGCCCCGUCGUCGUCGGCCUCGUUCUCAUCGUCGGCAUGUACGGGAGGAGGUACAGCCCUCUGAGCACGAGCGGCUGGAAGGAACCGGCAAGGGAGGUCAAGGACCCGUCCAACGCCGCCAACGCCGCCGCCGGUCAGCAGAAGGAGGCGCGGCCGGGAGCCGGCGACGGCGCUGGCAGGAAGGUGAAGCACACGCGGGCCCGUUCCGAGGUGACCAACAUCAAGCACCAGAAGACGCUCGACGAGAUUGUCGAGACGCUCAAGGAGUUUACCGGACGGUGCAACGUCCUCAUGGAGCCCUUCAUCGAGAUGACGGAUUUCCUGAGCACCCAGCGAACGCCGACGAGCGCGACGACGAGGCCCGCCCUGACGGCCAUGUUCAUCCGCCUCGUCGCCAUCACGCCCUUCUGGCUCGCCCUCACCAUGCCGCCCUGGCGCGUCAUCACCACCCGCCGCGUCGUCCUCGUCGCCGGUUCCCUCGCCUUGACCUGGCACGCACGCGUCAUGAGGGUGUCGAGAACCCUGCUCUGGAGGAGCGCCCUCGUCCGACGGCUCGCCUCGGCCACCACGGGCCUGCGCUUCGACAGCCCGACCAAGGCGUCCAAGAGGAUCGAGUCGGAGAUCGCCAAGGCCACCAAGAAGGUGCCCGGCCUGCAGGUGCACGCCGAACGAGACGCCACGAGCUCGGGCGUCAAGUUCACCUUUAUCAUCUUCGAGAACCAGCGACGAUGGGUUGGCCUCGGGUGGACGGCGAGCCUCUUCGCCUACGAGCGGCCCGCCUGGACCGACGAGCACAACAACUCGGUGCCGCCCAAGGACGAGUUCGAGCUCCCCGACGUCGAGGACGGCAGCCGAAUGACGUGGAAGUGGGCCGACCGAGGUCGCUGGAGGGUCGACGGCGUCUCGGACGAGCAGAGCGCCGUCGACUACGACGGAGACGAGGGCAAGAACGGCUGGAUAUAUUACGACAACAAGUGGCAGAAUGGCCGAAGAGGCCUUGAUGGCUGGGGGAAGUGGACCCGCAGGAGAAAGUGGUACCGCGACGCGGAGCUUGUCGAGGUGGACGAGAGCGACGCGCUGCUGCCCGAAACGACGACCGCGGCCGUGGCCAACGGCGACGCCGGCGGCAAACCGCACGCCCAGCGAUACAGCACGGCUGGCGAGAUGAUGCGUGCCGAACUGGUGACCCCCGGGCCCGAACCGACGAUUGCUGACGACGCGAGCGUCAAGACGGCCGACGACGCCGCUUCCAUACACUCUACGUCGUCCCGCUCAUCAUUUUGGCCGUCUCUGCGAAGGCGGGCCAUCGACAAGACACCCCUGUCGACGGCGGAAAAGGAAAAGGACGGUCCCCGAAGGUUGAGUGAGGUCGUGAGCGAGCCCUCGUCCCAGGACACGGACCCUGGCCUAUUGGGGGCCGAGCUCGAGCUCGAGCUGCAGAAGCAGGGCAAGGACGGCGGGCAGUGGGGUAUCGGUGACGAGGCGAGAAUGAACCUCGAGUGA